AUGUAUACAAUCGAUUUUGUAAAUGAAGAAAAAUAUAUUCAAAGGGUAGGAGAUAUUUGUGGUGAUUUUUACGUACCAGUAUGUUUACCAGGCCGAUAUAAAUAUAACGUUGAAGAUAUAGAAAAUCUUUUACAUCUAUGGAUGACUAAGAAACAUAAAAUAAAAAAUGGAGAACAUAAAGAUUUAUAUUUGUUUAGUUUAUUAUUUAAAGAAACAAAAUUUUCUUUAAUAUUAACAAAAUCAAGAUAUGAAAAUAAUAUUUCAUCAUGGCAAACCUUAUGGUUAUCUUGGAAGCAUGUAUUUAAAAAUAGUUUCGAUGAAAAUAAUAAUAAAUAUAAAAAUUUAUAUACAAAUAAUAUUAUACAAUUCCAAGCAGGAUGUAUAUAUUUAUUAUUCUUAUUAUAUUUUAGUCAACAUAUAGAAGAAAAUCACUAUGCUCUUCCAUUAUACCUUUCACCUGAUAUAAUGAAUCUUUGUUUAGAUGUUACAGAGAAAUGUGAAGAAACUAAUAUUUUUAAAGAAUUAAGAUUUAUAUUAAAUUUUAUGAUCGAUACCAAUUCUAUUAUUUUAUGUUGUAAUGAUGAAUUGAAUGAAAUAUAUCAAGACAGAUAUGGAGAUCCACUUUAUAUUGAAAAAAAUAAAAUGUCUGUAGAAAAUUCUAUAGAAAUUAAUGAUGUAGAUACUAAUAAACUAUAUGAUAAUUUAAUUAAGGAUAUUAAAUAUAUUUGUGAAAAAUGUGAUGAAAAAAAGAGAAAAAAAACUUUAAGCAACACAUCUACUAAUAGUCUCCUUACAAAAUUAGAGCAUAUUAAAAAGGUAAUAAAUAAGGAUGAUCUUUGA